AUGGCCGGCCUCAGCCCAUCCGCCAUCAUCGUCAUCGCCCUCGCCGUCUCCGCCCUGGCGGUGACCAUUCUGGUCGCCUUCUCGCACUACCUGGGCAAACAGGACGAGAAUCCCAUGACUCGACCACGAUCACGCGAGCAGGAGCUGUACAUGCGGCAGGUACGGCAGCGAACGCACGAGUUCGCGUAUGCCGAGUCCGUGAGCGGCAUAUCACCCUCUGGGAAAGGCAUGGGGGCAGAAAGCAGCCGGAGCAGUGCCGUCGGUGGAGGAAGGGGAUCGCAGUUAUACAGCAGCAAUAACAACAGCAGUGCGACGGGGAACUGGGGCAGGAGAUCGAGACAGGGUCCCAACAACGGCUACGGCCACAAUGGCAAUGGCAAUUACGGCUAUGACGACUACAGCGGCGGCGGCAACUACGACUACAACUAUAGUGAGCAUUACGACUAUAAUUAUGAUGAAGGCGAUGCCUACGCUGGGAACCAUGGCGAUGGGCAUGGCAACGCGAAUAGGUAUGCGGGCGGAUCCACAGAAUCAGGAGAAGCUAGCAACGUCGACGACCUAGGAAAAAGGCACGCGCAGCCCGGAAUCGAUGAAUGA